AUGAAAUUUCUAAAGGCGUUAUGUUUAGUAACUCUUAUCAUAAUAAGUUAUGAUUUUAUAAAUAAAAUAUAUGGCUCGAAAAACAAGAAAAACGAAUUCCGUUCUGAAGUUGAACAAAUUGGCCGUUUACCAACAUAUAUAGUACCCACGAAUUAUAACAUCAAGUUGAUACCAAACUUCGGAAAGAACUAUACUGCUUAUACGUUAGAAGGCGAAACCAGUACCAGGAUCCGUAUUUAUAACAAAACGCAAUAUAUACAAUUACACCAAUAUUUUUUGUUUAUAUUUAAUACGCCUAUAUUGAUUAACGAGAAUAACGGCAAGAGCUAUGAAAUAUUAUGGGAACAACAUAUGUAUAAUUCUACAACGCAUAUAUUAACAUUUUACCUCGCGGAGGCUCUCUCGCCUGGGUUUUAUAUUCUGAAUAUGAAAUUCUACGGUAUGCCGGUUCAUCCCAAGGAAAAUGUUUUAACAUUUGCACUUACAAAAAGAAUACGAGGUGUAAUGUGGUUAAACGCAGUGCAUUUUCAACCUAUUAGGGGCCGACGAUUAUUUCCAUGUUGGGAUGAACCAGCAUUUAAAACCACUUUUAAGAUUUCUAUACAGCAUCACAAAGAUUACAUGGCUUUAUCGAAUAUGCCGAUUCAAAACUUAGAGCUUGCGGAUAAUAGUAUGGUUUGGACACAUUUUCACCCUACUCCGUUAAUGUCAACAUAUCAUGUGGCAGUUGUGCUGACCAAUUUUCCCUUUCAUCGUAUUAACGCAAAUACCAUCGAACAUCAAUUUAAAUGGUGCAGAACAUAUUCCGCACAAUAUACAAAAUUUGCGGAGAAUAUAUUUGAAAUUGUUACAUCACAUUUAGGAUUCAGGUUCAAUAAAAAAAUCGCAAAAUUAGAUCACGUUAUUCUUCCAGAAUCCAAAAGUAUGUGGAAUUGGUAUUUGCGAGAUGGCAUGUCGCAAUGGGGACUUAUUUUUUAUAGGGAAAGGAGAAUUAUGUAUAAUAAAGCAAUAGAUCCUCCUUCACGUAAAAUAGAGAUUACGCGAUUAGUGGCACAUAAAGUAGCACGUCAAUGGUCAAGUAAUCUCAUCAGACUAUCUGAGUGGUCUUAUUUAUGGAUAACCGAUGGUAUUGCAGGAUUGCUUGCAGCAAAUGCCAUUAAUGAGAUUUUUCCAGAUCCUCGGAUAUUAGAUUUAUUUGUAGUUCAGAUUCAACAUGAUUCUCUUAACUUGGAUACCCACUCCCUUAUGAAACCUCUUCAACGAAAAAUUAAUGACAUUGCUGAUAUAGAUUUGCUUUUUACCUCUGUUUCUUAUAUCAAAGCACCUGUUAUAUUUCGUAUGCUUCAACAUAUACUUACUGAUGUGGUAUUUUGGGAGGGGAUCAAUAAGUAUUUAAACAUGGAAUUUAGUCAACUUAGCUCUGAAAGCUCUGCCUCCGAUUUAUGGACCGCUAUGCAAAUUUCUAAAUACCAGCCUAACUUAAGAAGCAUAAUGCGUAAUUGGACAAUGACGAGUCAGUACCCUGUGGUAAAUGUAAUUCGAGAGAGCCGAAGUGGCAAUAUAAUAAUAUCACAGGGAAAAAACACAUGGUGGGUACCUAUAACUUAUACCACACGAACAGAACUCAAUUUCAAUGACACUGUGCCUCGCCAUUGGCUAACCCCAGAUGUUCAGGAAAUAAUUAUUUCAAAUAUUGCACAAUUUGAUUGGAUUAUAUUGAACUUGCAACAAACUGGCUACUAUCGCGUUAAU